CCGAUGCUUUCAAUGUAGCGCUAAAGCUCAGCCCAGGCGGACGCGUUUCGGGGUCCGUGUGCGUGUAUAUAUUCCCUACGUUUUCUCCCCUGUUUUGUUUGUGUGUUUGUUUCGCAAUUGUGUUGCCUGUGCCUGUGUGUUUGAAUCCUGCUCCAGCGAGACAUAGAAAGGUGCGGAUAGAGAAGGGAAGGAGCUGAUCCUCUACAGCCCCUGAUCGCGUGUGAGUGAAAAAGAUCGGUUCGGUUCGGUGUGGACGGGUUUCCGAUGGGGCCCGAGAGCCACCACACACUAUUAUAGUUCUACCGGAAACGGUGAAGCGCACCAGCAGCAGAAGAACAUGGCGUCCAGCAUCAGCGAUCGGCAACCGGUGUGACCGUGUGUGAUGCGAUUCGGCGCUUGGUGUCAGUUAUACGUGUUCGUAUUUAAUGUGUGUGUGUCCCACAAAAAUAAGUCUGCAAUGUGAAGUGUGUUCCGAAAUUGGUAUAUUGCGAAAAAACACAGUAAAAUAAACGUAGAGUGGCAUGUGCUGAUAGCUUUAGUACUCAGUUGAUCCGGUAAUAAAUUAUCGCAAAACGAUCAACGCGUGUUUUCCCCCACGAUGACAACAAGCAGCGCUGCAAAGCGUUUCUAGCGAGAACCCAUCCAUCACACCGAUCUCCGCAGUGUGUGUUAGUUCAGCACCGUCGUCUAUAAUCAGCGCCGGGUGUUUGCCCGUCUUCGUUUCGGCUGUGCAGAUUGGACGGCCCUACAAUCGCGGUCCGGAUCGAUCCCGCGGUCCCGCAAUGGUCGACUACUGUAACACACGAUCGGCGACUAGUGCAGCUACCUCCAUCGCGACUCCCGCCACCUUUCGACCAAGUAAAUCGCGACAUGGGGCACGUGAAAAAUCCCUACCGCUGCACAAAUCGCUCGGCGAAGGAGCGAUGGACGCUGGGCAGCAGGCACGGGUGCGUACGGUGCGUCUGGUACGGCCCCACCAUGGCUACAGUCAUCGGAACCUACCGAUCACGGGCAGCAACUUUGGCUUUUCCAUACGCGGCGGGUUGGAGUACGGCACCGGGUUCUUCGUGUCCGCUAUAGAGCGUGAUUCUGAAGCUGAUCGGCAGGGAUUGAAGGUAGGAGAUCAGAUCAUACGCGUCAAUGGGUAUCAGGUGGAGGAUGCAGUACAUCGCGAGCUGGCCCAAUUCAUUGCCAAUCAGGAGCGACUGAUCAUGAAGGUGCGCGGGCUCGGCAUCCUACCGAUCAAAGAACGUACAGCCGACCCGCUAACCUGGCACGUGGUGUCGUUUGGAAUGUCGCGUGACAAGCAGGACGCGCUGCUGCUGGAGGAACCGUGCGGUGGGCGCGAUGUGAAGGUGAUCCUCUCGGUGGCACCCCGCACCAAGCUGGGCUGCGGCAUUUGCAAGGGUCCCGACUGGAAGCCGGGCAUAUUUGUCCAGUUCACCAAGGAGGGAGGCGUGGCGCGGGAGGCCGGCUUACGGCCCGGCGAUCAGAUUCUGUCCUGCAAUGGGCACAGCUUUGCCGAGGCCACGUUCGGCGAGGCGGUGGCCGUGAUGAAGUCAUCGCACGUGCUCGAGCUGGUGGUGCGCCCCAGUGCCGGGUUGGAUCUGUUCCCGGGCGAAUCGAGCGGCUACAACAGCUCGGCGAGCAGUGUCAACGGUGACCAGAGUCCGUGCUGGGGUGACCAGACGUCCAAGCGGCUAAGCAUCGUGCGGGAGGAAUCGAUCACGCACGAUCGCCGUCGGCUGGCAGCGGCACCGGUCGCAACAGUACCGGAAAUGCCACCAGCCAGCGAUAGAAAAUUGGGCGUCCCACCUCCACCGCCGCCUCAACCCCAACAACAACUCCAUCAUCAGGAUGAACAACAGGUUCAGCAGCAGCAGCAGCAGCAGCAACAACAACUGACCCCGAGGGGCACACUGGCUGGAGGGGCGACACGCAGGAAGAACACCACCAUCAUCGAGUUCUCCGAGCGGGGCGCAAUCGUGAACCCUGAAGCGAAACAGAGUGAAACGAAAACGAUCAUUGUCGAGGUGCACCGGAGCGCAUCGGCCGGCUCGAUGGUGGACGACGAGACGGGCCAUGGAGCUGCAGCAGCGGGUACGAUCAUUCCACCGCCUCCGCCCCUGUUCGCCGACACCGUCACGACAUCCAGUGGCCAGUCGGUGACGAAUGCAGCAGCGGCACCGUCCAGCACGUCGCUAGCGCAAGAACAAGCGUCCGCCGCUGCGGCCCAUCACAGCCUGAGCAACGCAAUAUCGGACGAGCUGCGGCGCCGGGCACAGAAGAAAGCGGCACCGGCGGGCGGCGGCGCGACGGACCCGGCCACCGGGCCGGCCGCCGCCCUCACCGAGCUCGAGAAUCGGCUGAAGGAAAAGAACGUCCGUUUGCGCCCGGUAACGAUGGCCAUUUCAGACGAACGGCACACCGCCCUGAUGGACGAGUUCCGGGCGGUGCACAAACGUAUGUUCAAGAAUGGAUUCGACAACGCGGAACUAAAGAAACAGCCCCCCAAAACGAAUGAUGCGGACCACGGUCAGCCGAUCCAGGACGCAGUCAACGGUGCAAAUGGGGCAAGGAAAUCGCCCAAAGGCACGAUGGGACGAGUGGCGGCGUCAGAAAUGGCCAAGGCAAGCGGCGACAGUGCCGAGCUGGAAUCGAUCGAAUCGUUCAAGCUGAACAAUCCGCAACAACCACCGGUACGGCCCCCUUCGUACUACUUCUGCCCGCAGGCAACCGGGCCGCCAACGAUGAAGAAAUCCCAAAAACCGAUCGCCGUCACGAUCAGCGAGUAUGCGACGAGUGCGGGACGGACGGAAGAGCCCAAAAAGACGACCCGGUUCGAUUUUGGACAGCUGCGAUCCAUGACGGAAGCUAUCGGGGGUGGUGGUCCCGUCGGUGGCCCUAAGGAGGGCCCGUUAAGUAGACAGCGCCAAGCUCCAGCAACGUAGCGUUAUGGCAUGACUAAUAGAUAGGAUAGGGCGAAAAUAAAACUGCAAUGUUUAACGACCAAAUAUGCGAUCGAUGCGAACGGUGGUGCGAACCCACCUUCCUCCCCCAUUCAAGACAAGCACACUGCACAUGACUGGGUUCCAUGGAUGGUUUAAAAGGUGUAUUUUUUUGUUCUUUGUUUGUGGUGAUACAAUAUGUAAGAUACAUAUACAUAUUGUAACGUAUUUUGUCAUAAGUAAGUGUAAUCGAUCGAUUAUAACAUGUGAUUGUGGAUAUAAAAA